AGACAUUGCCGCUGCGAACGCUUUGUCGCCGGCGAGUCGUGCGCAUGGUAUGAAGCGGGUCCGGGCUCGGUCUGCCUCUCUUUAAAAGAAGCUUUCGUCCUCGCCGGGCUGCGUCACCAUUCCAUUCAUCAUUCACCUGCCAUUCACUGCACCUGUCUGCCGACGCCCUGAGCAACCGUGGAACUGACAACAACUUUCACCUGACGAAAAUUCUUAUUCACACCCGCUACGGUAUAUAAGAUUCUGCGCUCUCGCCUGGGACGAGGGCCGAUCUGUCUGCCUUAUCUGCAUUGCCGCGCAUCUCCGUCGUCUCUGCAGCCUCACCAGCUCACAUCCCAACAAACUACAUCUACAAUCACAACUCGCACACCAACCCACAACAUGCACCGCACCUCCAGCAUCUCGAGCAUGAGCUCCACCUCCAGCACCGACGCCGAGGAAACUAUGCAAAUAUUCGUCAAAAAUGUCUCCGGAAACACAAUCCCCCUCACACUUCCCUCUAACACCACACUAUCCACACUCCUCGCCCUCCUCACUCUCCGCACCAACAUCCCAUCUAGGGACCUCCGUCUCGUGCACGCCGGAAAACAUCUCUCAUCCUCUCAUCUCACCCUCGCUGCCUACAACAUCCCACACGACGCAACCCUACAUCUUACCGUCCCCCUGCGCGGCGGAAUGCCGCCGAAGAAAAUCCGAUGUAGCUUCAAGGACUGCAGGGACGCCGCGCAGCGCAUCGUCGGGGAUUGCGGGUUCUGUGACGGGCAUUUUUGUGGGAAGCAUAGGUUGCUGGAGGAUCACAAAUGUGAGGGUUUAGAAGAUUGUAAGAAGGAGAGUCAUGAGAGGAAUGCGGAUAAGCUUAAUAGUGAGAGGACGGUGGCGAUUAGAGGGGUGUAGAAAGGCCGGCCCUGGGCAUCUCUACAGUUUACGCUUAGUGCAGUGUUGAGAAGGAUAGGAAACAAGUCACUGGGUCCUUAUUUACUCAGACGGAGGGCCUGUUCUACUUUGCCUUUGCCUGCUCUGCUAGCGAUCGUCAGCAUGGCGGGUUUCUUUGCGUUUCCAUGCGUCCAGCGAUUUUCCGGUCGGCGGCGUUUUUCCCUUUCGUCUCGUCGCCUGAGAUUCUGCGGUUUUAGAUCAGAUCCCUGUAACGCUUUCCCAUUUCUCUGUCUGUCGGUCUGUCGGUGUGUCGGGGUCCAUCCAGCGCUGUGUAUGGUAACAGAGGUCAUGGGUUAAGCGAGGCGUCGAUUGAGUAGUCUGACGACCGGCUUUUUUGGUAGCUAAUCCUAUGACAUGCAUGCAUAACUUCACAAAAA